AUUGCCCAUUUUCGUUUUCCAUUGCAAAAAGUGAAAAGUUUAAUUUACUAAACAAGCGGUACCAAUACCCCCACCCACCCAGUCACCCAGCCACCCAUCCACCUUACCACCCACACAAUCACACGAAUAGGACAGGACAACGGCUGUCGGCGUGCGUGUUUCAGUGUGUGUGUGUGUGUCUCUAUUUUUUGCAAUUUCUACUGCACACGCUCAUUCGUGUUGGAUUAUUGGAUUAUACCGCCAUAACGGCACACGCAUCCAACAACAACAACAACAUUAACGAAAAACAAAAACGAUGGCGGCGUUAAAACAACAAAAAGCAGGACGAUAAAGGAGAGCAGACGACGUUGGAUUUAAUCAUUAAUGUCCUUGGAGAUAAGGAAAGUGAAUCACAAGAGACAGAGAGAGGAAGAGAUAGAGAGCAGCAUCGUCAGCAGUCUGAUAAGAAGAAGAAAACGUUAAAGAUACACUGCUGGUACGAAUCCUUUCUUGGCUCGUUCGUGCGUCCUUUCCUGCUAAUUGCUUUGUGUGUGCGGUCCUUUCUCCAUUACGACGUCGUCCUCAAGGCUCAAGAGCAUCGUCCACAAUUAGCGCCAUCGGGGCCAAGGAGCCAAGGAGCACCGACCAAUGGAACAUGUUGAUGCCGGUGCGGGAGUACAACAAGCACAUAGCCAAAAUACCGAAUUGCAAGAUGAGGAGGCAAUGGCCAGCGCUUAGAGGUGCAUCGAUGGUCCUAACCCUGUCCCUGCCACUGUUGCUGCUGCCUGUUGUCCUGGCCCUGGAACCGGCGGCGGGUGGUGCCAGCAGUGCAGCUGGCAGCGGUGGUGCUUCGCCAGCUGGGGGCGGCAGUGGAGGAGCCACUGGAGGCGGUGUGGGUGGCGGUCCAGCCACCACACUUAUAGCCAAUCUUACGGAGCAGGGCAGUCCUGGUGUGUAUAAUUCGACAAUGGCCCAAAUACUAAUUACAUGUAUAUGGCGUUUAUGUGGCCCUCUUAGCCAAGUUAACCCGAAAACCCACUUCCCAUCCCCCAUUCCCUAUUCCAUUAUUUCCCUUUUAACCUCUGACGACAUUGCCAUUUUGGCAUUUGGCAUGGUGUGUGAAUGUUUGUGUGUACUUCCUUGUGCGCAUUUCCGGUUUCCGGUUAGGCGGUGGGGUGGGUUGGGGUGGCACAAAACUAUUAGCCACUUGGCGCUAAAUAACCACGCCCCCUUGCCCCACCAACAGACCCACUUAACCCAGCCGCGGAGGCAAAACACUAAGCAUCAAUUAACCCAAUUUUCAGAAUCCAUUUUCACCUGCAGUUACCAGGCUUUGGCUUCUGCCAGAGUAUUUUGCUAGCUGCGUGUUCACAGCUCGCUAUGGAGUUUUUUGUAGAGCUUUGCUUCUGCUGGUUCUUACUGCCAGUGGCAAAUGGCAAGUGCCCGAGUGGCAAUGUCGAAACCAACUCCCAAAUGCCAAAUCCCCCUCCAUCCACCUAAUCCUUUACGUAUAUAUAUAAUGCUGGACCCUCUUGGCCAGACUUUGUGUUUCUUUCCUGCAAUUUCUUUCACAGGCGAUGGCGCUUUUGUUGUAGUUUGGUUUGGUUUGGUUUCUGGAGUGGACCUGGACCCUGGAGUGGAAGCUGAAAUAUAAUUAAUCCAUUGAUUUUCAAUUUUUUCCCACAGCCUUAAUAAUUUACAAUAAUCAUUUCAGUCAUAAAUACACAUUCUUUUGCAGCAUUUAACAAUGAAUAUUGAUAUUGAUUCAAAAUGCAGCUUUUUUCCAGCCGUUUUUUAUUUGAUUCUAUGGAAUACUCAUUACAAAUUGAUGACCAGGUAAUGAAAGUAAUAAAAAAAUGAUGCAAUGAUUUUAAUUUGGAAAUAGCUUUGUUGCAAGCACGAUACGUGCAUACGAUAUAAGUAUCAAUUAUUCAUAUCAACACAUUCAAUUUUUAGUACUCGACUUUUUGUUUCAGCUGUCGUUAUUAAUCAAAUUAUAUACAAGUAUUACAUGCAUUUUUAAAUUGUUGUUCCCAGCCAUCUGGAAAUGUCAUAAAACUGCAGAAUGCGGGUGGCCAUUACAACUCGGCCAUGAUGAUUGAAGAAACACCUGGAGCGACGCCAGAUGUCAAGGUUAUUAAACAAAUGAAGGAAGGUGUCAACUUUGCUAGCUGGAAGC